CCGGGUCGCGUUCCAGGUCGAGUGACAUAGAUUCCGGGGUGAAGAAGGUUUGCAAACAUGGGAAUGUAAACAACUGAACAUGGCUACAGCUGACGUGAAGCCCCUUCAGACUGCCAUGAAAAUGGCGAAAACAGCAAUACAUCUGGACGGAGGAAACAGACAUGAGGAAGCUUACUGCGAAUACCUCCGAACAAUCAACUACAUAUCACAAACCCUUUUGGAGGAUGCUGUGUCACAAACCUCAGAGGAGAAGGAAAUGGUUGGCAUGGAGGUGGAGCGAAUGUUAACGCUGGCUGAGCAGUGUCUGGAGAGAGCCAGGUCCUUUGUAAAGAAGGCCGCUGACCCCCCUGCUUCCUCUUCUGUCAGCUCUCAUCAGACUGUUGGCCUUCCAGUUGUUCUAAAUGCAGCUCCCGUUGGCACCGAGCAGGAAGCAGCUAGUCACGCAAAUACUUGUCAGCGCCAGGGCGACGAUCCGGUGCGCUCCCCUUUCCUGCCUCCUGAUGUUUUCCAAAGACUCCAAACAGUGGUGUUGCAGGAUACAAACAAAAAGGAGCUGACACCCAUUGAAGAAGCCUCGCAUUUGAAUCAGAAGUUAAAAGCCAAUUAUGAAGCUCGCCUGGCAAGACUCGCACCCGGUCAGGCCUAUCAGAAGACAUCUUUAACGCUGUCUCUCCAGCGACAGAUGAUGGAGAACCUCAUCAUAGCCAAAGCAAGACAAGAGGCACUCCAGCGGAAGAUGGAGGAAAGAAGAUUACGGUUGCAGGAAGAAGCCAACAGGAGAUUCGCGGCAUCGGGAGCAAUGACGCCAGAGGAACAGGAGCAACGCAUCCUUUACACCAACGUGUUGGAGUACGAGCAAGACCACGAUUGGCCCAAACUAUGGAAAUCCAACCUGAAGAAGAAUCCUGAUGAUGUCACCCUCGUGUCUGGCCUGAUUUCCUAUCUGCUCAGCAGUUCUGAUCAUCCAGUGGUGAAGCUGCUGAAGAAACACCAAUAUCGUAUUUACAACAAGAUUUACCCCAUUGUCAGUAAAGGACUAGCAGCAAGCGAUGUAACCCCAGUGAGACCGUCCAACAGCAGUCACCACCCAGAAGACCACGAGCAAGUGAAGGAUCCUGACCCAACCAUGACGGUGCAGCGUGAGAACUCCUUUGAAGAUUUGGAGCAGUUCCUGACCAAGAUAGACUGGGAUCCGCUAAACAGCGGCACUAAAGACUUCCACUCAGAGCUAGGCAAUGCUAACCAAGGGCUGGAUGAGGAGCAUUUCUCAGAGCUGGAGAUGAGAGCACUGAAGCAACACCUGAAGGCCAUUGUCAAAGACGUACAUAUCGCCAUUGAGCAGCUUCUAUCGCUGUGUUUGCUGUCCUUUGAGUGUCUUAACACAUCCACCUAUAAGGACGUGUGCCUCGCUAGCAUUGAGGAGACUUUCUUCAUUCCGCUAUGGAGCGCCUUGGUAGCGCUUUUCAGGAAGGUCCACAGGGAAAGGGAACUGUCCUGUGAGAUUCGAAUGAAACUCUUCCAAGAUGUUUCACCUGUUGAUUUCGGCGUACCCUUGACUCUGUUCCCCCUGGACCCUCACACACUGAAAGGUUCCUACCCGUAUGAGUGCGCCGUUCAGGAGCUCAAGCUUCUCACAAAAGACUGCUGCCCACAGAGAAAGUUGGAAUGUAUUGUGAGGACAUUACGUCUGAUCUGCGCGUGUGCCGAAGACUACAGAUGCCUUCAUGAAGCGGAUUCGGCACCCAAAACAGCUGCCAUCGGUGCCGACGACCUUUUACCUAUCCUGGCCUUUGUGGUUUUGCGCUGUCGGUGUCCUCAGCUGGUCUCGGAAUGUGCUGCCUUGGAGGAGUUCAUUCACGAAGGCUAUCUAAUUGGCGAAGAAGGCUACUGCCUGACCUCCAUGCAGAGCGCCUUGGCCUACGUUGAGUCGCUGCAUGUCGACGGACUUCACCCGCCUGCAGACCAGUUCAUAUGAAACAGGUAUCUCUUAAAUUCUCUUUAUGAUUAUCCAUCCACGUACUAAAACGUACUAAAACGUACUAAAAGUUUGUAGCCAACCAUCAAGUUGCUAAGUGUAUUUGUAUUGGCGGGUGUUUUUGGCCGACAUAUUGCAGACUCCAAUACGCCAAAUGAUUGAUCGGAUGAGGGCAAGUCAUUUCCUGUGUGUAAAUACACACAGGAAAUGGGCGGACAGUACAGAGCGUGUGAGUCUUUAUCACGUACUUACACUGAUUGCUAGUUUACGGACUGAAAAUAGAACUAGAGAUAAGGUCUUAGAAGGUGCAGCGAUGAACAGUAGCAGAAAUGGACUUUUACAUCAGAGCUUCUUGGAAACGACAAGGCAAAUAAUUAUAAGCGGCUGGUGGCAAACCUCCUUAAAGUCCACUUUUUGCAUUCCUAUUUAUAGAUUUCUUUCCUUUGAACUGUGGCGAUGUAACUGAUGACCAAACACAAAGUGAAAAUAUGACAUUGUCAAUGUAACUGAUACCGGUUGAUGCUAGAAAUGUUUCAUAUGUGAAAAAUGGCAGCCAGUCCUGAUUUUUGCACAUUAUUUAUUGUAUAAGAAUAGUGAAACGCUGCUUGUUCAUUAUUAAAGGCAUUGUGUCAUGAAAGCUUGUGAAUAAUACAAUAAAUGUGUUUG